CAAACCAAGAUGGAGUGCGAGUGGAAACCAGACGAGCAAGGACUUCAGCAAAUUCUACAGCUUUUGAAAGAGUCCCAGUCUCCCGAUACGUCCACUCAAAGAUCCGUCCAGCAAGUAUCCUUCGCUCUCGGCUAAACAUGCAAGUUUAGACCUCUCUGAUGGUAGAUUCGAGGUGUUUUUGUGGUAGUUUGUGCGGUUAGCUUGGCUUGGCUAACAUUACACUCGGGUAGGGCACGCGCUAGGCUUCUGUUCUGUACAGGGCUUCGGAUACAGUAUACUGCAUGUAGCUAGCUAGCUACAAUGUUACAAAUAUAAUUUUCUAUUGAAUCAGCCAAAUACUAGGAUGAUGGGAAUAUUAUAACGGGGUGUCAUGCAGUAGCUAUCAAUAUCUAGUUAAUCCAGUAUUCUUUAAAACAAAUGUUUUCCCUAGGACAGUUUCGUUUUCGUAUAAUCUCAAAUCCUUCGAUCUCCGAGUAGUGUUGUUGAAAUAAUGUAAUGUUAGCGGGUACAGUGUAGCUACUAGUUGUUGCUGACCCUUUGGGCUUAAAUGCAACAAAGAAACUGCAAGCCUGUGUUUAGAACGAGUCAUCCCCCUGUCGCCCCCAGUAUGCUUUCGAUUCUUUCCCGUCAUACAAUGUUAGAAAGGGGAAAGAAAGCUGAAAACAACGUUAUCAUUUUGGUCUUGACAUCUUGCUGAACCUGUGAGUGUAGGAACGUGAUUUCUCAGCCAGCCACCCGCUCGUGGCAGGGAUCAUGUAUACGAGCCUCACGGUCACAUUGUAACAUUGUCAUCAUCGUACAAUAAAUGUGUUACAAUAUCAAGGUGCAUUCGAAUCAUUCAUGUUGGUGUGUGCAUUCAAUAACGUGCAAGACUUUGUUUAUGUUGUGUUAUAACGUCGUUAUAGGUUACCUACAUAGUGUAGUGUUUAUGUGAUGCGAUAUUGUCCAUUUAUGUCAUGCAGAUUAGAGGUCUUACUGUUUGGUCGAUGUUGUUGAAUUGCCAAGUGCUUCUAUUUGUCUAUGUGCUCAGACUGCACAGCACCAGCCUGUUGAGCAUCCUAUGAUAACUGUGACUGAUUUCUGAUGAGUUAUUCAUGGUGUCCAUUGAUGCCCUCUAAAAACCAUUUAACACUAGUUGCUGUUUAACAACCUUUACAAACAGCUUGUUGUUGUGAAUACAGCACACACUGCAUGUCUACCCCUAUGGUUGUGCACCCAAUGUGGGCUCUGUCCUUUCCUUAACAAUAUACUCUAAAGAGACUGGAACACCUCAACCAAUACCCAGACUUCAACAACUACUUAAUAUUCGUGCUGACAAAGUUGAAAUCAGAA